UGCUCACUGGCAAGGAAAGAGGAGGCUUUAUGAUACAUUGGGCCAUGACGCCUUCCUGAAAAACGAGGCCUCUUUGGAGUCCGCAAACAAAAAUGAGCAGUUGCAGCCCGAGCGCGGAAAAAACAUUUUUUCUGUGCAUUUGCAUAAACACAUUAAGACAUUCUUCCGAAGCAGAAGACAAGACCAUUGACGAUGAUGGAAGAGGUGCAUGAAGAGGCGCCCUGUCUGAGUGUUCAUGGUCAUAGCGUGAAGGUUACGGAGGUGCUUAAGGAAGGCGAUGGACUUACCUUUCUGAUUGUGUCUCAAAAAUUGUCUGGAACCGGGAAGUACCACGUGUACCGGACCUAUGAGGACUUUGAAUGGCUGCAGCAGCACCUGUUCACACAGGAAGGUGUCCCCGGAAUACAAGGGGUCAUAUUUCCUCCUCUUCCUGCAAAGGCGCAGGUGAAUGCAUCGGCUAAGGUCGUCAAACAGCUGGGUUUCCUUGCUUUGGAGGAGUUGCAGCCAUACUGUGCUGCACUGGAGGCCUUCCUCCACCAGGUGGCAGCCCAUAGCAUACUCAGCAAAAACAAAGAUUUAGAGAGCUUUCUCACCAGCUGUGAACCGCCAGGUCGACAGCGAGUGCGGAAAACCAUUUUCAACCGACUGAGUCAAGCUAUGGAAGAGAUGAGGAAAGAAAGCCACAAGGACGUGGACGAGUUCUUUCAAACCAAGCGAGACGUCAACCUCGCUCUAACCAGCGGCACCAAGAAUGCUGUGGAGAAAUUCCUGGACGUGGUACUGACGGAGCAAAAAAUAGCAGUGGCCUGUGGCCACUUUGCAGCCUCCCUGCAUUUGUGCGUGGAAUCAGAAGACGACCCUGACAAAGCGGCUUUUUCCAAGAUUUGUGUGAAAUUAUCAGACGUCUUUGAGUCUAUGAAGAAAAACAUGACAAACGUUGCGAAGAAUGACAUCAACACUCUUGGGCUGGGUUUGGAUCUGGAGUCACGCUAUCAGGAGGCGGAAAAGGAGAUGCUUUUCAGAAGGACUUGUAAAUUGUUGGAGUUAGAAACUGCCAGAAAGAAUGCAGAGAAGGCCAAACCAGUCAAGAAGGCGACUUUGGAGGAGGUGAAGAAAGCAGCAGAGACCGAAUUUGAUCAUAUUUGUGACGUGGCGAAGCAGGAGAUUGAGUACUUCCAGGGCGAUCGGGUGCAGAUGCUGCAGCAAGCUUUGGUGGACUGGUGUGAGAAGCAGCUGCACACCGCCAGAGAGAGCGCUGACCAGUACAACCAGCACCUUCAGGCCUUCAGAGAGCUGUGAGCCCCAAAUGCACAUCUGCUUUGUUAAAACAUGCUAAUGAGGGCUUGUCAAAGCCGCUAAAAAUCAUCGAUAACCUGCACACUACACUCUUCUUUCAUGUUCAAUGGGUUUUGUCCUCUGUUGCAUCACCUUGGAAUUCCUACCAAAUAAAGUGUGCAAAAUGUAA